ACCUGCUACAUUGGGUAUUGCCAGAGUAUUUCCCCGAGCUGCAUGUGUGCCGGUGUGUUGAGCUCAGCCCUCCCAGCGGAUCACCGGAUAAAAAGGCCUGGUGGUGAGCCUCACUCUGCUGAACUCUGCGAUGAGUCCAGUGACGCAGGAGCCAUGUGGCAGCCACCCUGUGCUCCUCGUCUAAAGAGCUGUCUAUUUAUAAACCCAGUCUUCUCAAAGGACCUCAGAUUGCUUCUCAAAAGGAGUCUGCUGCUGAAUCUUCAUCAUCACAAGUCGGGGACACCACUCACACAGGAGGAAAUCUCUCCUGGCUGCUGCUGGCCUGUCCCAGGUCACCUCCUGAUUCUCAUGACUGCAGUUCCAUUGGUGGCAGCUUCCACUGAUUGGCUUCACCCCAAAAUCACUUUGUAAAGCAAGCUCUUGCCUGUGACAGUGUGUCUGCCAACAUGGCCCCUAAAAAGAAGACGGUCAAAAAGAACAAAAGCGAGAUCAAUGAGAUGACCAUAAUUGUAGAGGACAGCCCCCUCAGCAAACUCAAUGCUUUGAAUGGGCUCCUGGAGGGAGGCAAUGGCCUUAGCUGCAUUUCUUCUGAGUUGACGGAUGCUUCUUAUGGCCCCAACCUCUUGGAAGGUUUAAGUAAAAUGAGGCAGGAGAGCUUCCUUUGCGACUUAGUCAUUGGCACCAAAACCAAAUCUUUUGACGUCCACAAGUCAGUGAUGGCUUCGUGCAGUGACUACUUUUACAACAUCCUAAAAAGAGACCCCUCGACGCAAAGGGUGGAUCUCAAUGACAUCGCACCGCUGGGCCUGGCCACGGUCAUUGCAUAUGCCUACACGGGAAAGCUGACUCUCUCCUUGUACACAAUAGGAAGCAUUCUUUCUGCUGCUGUUUAUCUUCAGAUCCAUACCCUUGUCAAGAUGUGCAGUGAUUUUCUGAUACGAGAGAUGAGCGUUGAGAAUUGCAUGUACAUUGCUAACAUUGCCGAAACCUACUCCCUGAAAAAUGCAAAGGCAGCAGCCCAAAAAUUUAUCCGGGACAACUUCCUUGAAUUUGCUGAAUCAGAUCAGUUUCUGAAACUUACAUUUGAGCAAAUUAAUGAACUUCUUAUAGAUGAUGACUUACAGUUGCCUUCUGAAAUAGUAGCAUUCCAGAUUGCAAUGAAAUGGUUAGAAUUUGACCAAAAGAGAGUGAAAUACGCAGCCGAUCUUCUGAGCAAUAUUCGCUUUGGUACCAUCUCUGCGCAAGACCUGGUCAAUUACGUUCAGUCGGUACCAAGAAUGAUGCAAGAUGCUGAUUGUCACAAGCUUCUUGUAGAUGCUAUGAACUACCACCUACUUCCCUAUCAUCAAAACACACUGCAGUCUAGGCGCACGAGAAUCCGUGGGGGCUGUCGUGUCCUGGUCACUGUGGGGGGCCGUCCAGGCCUUACUGAGAAGUCCCUUAGUAGAGACGUCUUGUAUAGAGACCCUGAAAAUGGAUGGAGCAAGCUUACGGAAAUGCCAGCUAAGAGUUUUAAUCAGUGUGUGGCUGUGAUGGAUGGAUUUCUUUAUGUAGCCGGUGGUGAAGACCAGAAUGAUGCAAGAAAUCAAGCCAAGCAUGCAGUCAGCAAUUUCUGCAGGUACGAUCCCCGCUUCAACACCUGGAUCCACCUGGCCGGCAUGACCCAGAAGCGCACGCACUUCAGCCUGAGCGUCUUCAACGGGCUCCUCUACGCCGUGGGCGGCCGCAACGCCGAGGGCAGCCUGGCCUCGCUCGAGUGCUACGUGCCCUCCACCAACCAGUGGCAGCCCAAGACGCCCCUGGAGGUGGCGCGCUGCUGCCACGCCAGCGCGGUGGCGGACGGCCGCGUGCUGGUGACCGGCGGCUACAUCGGCGGCGCGUACUCGCGCUCCGUGUGCGCCUACGACCCGGCCCGCGACGCGUGGCAGGAGCUGCCGCCGCUGAGCACGCCGCGGGGCUGGCACUGCGCGGUGGCGCUGGCCGAGCGCGUGUACGUGAUGGGCGGCAGCCAGCUGGGGCCGCGCGGCGAGCGCGUGGACGUGCUGACGGUGGAGAGCUUCAGCCCGGCCGCCGGCCAGUGGAGCUACGCCGCGCCGCUGCCCGCGGGCGUGAGCACGGCCGGCGCCUCGGCCCUGCACGGCCGCGCCUACCUGGUCGGCGGCUGGAACGAGGGCGAGAGGAAGUACAAGAAGUGCGUCCAGUGCUUCCACCCCGAGCUCAACGAGUGGACGGAGGACGACGAGCUGCCCGAGGCCACCGUGGGCGUGUCGUGCUGCACCCUCGCCAUGCCCAACCACGUGACCCGGGAGUCCCGCGCCAGCUCGGUGUCCUCCGUGCCCGUCAGCAUCUGAACCCGGGCCGGGGGUGCAGCUGCGCGUCGGGGCGCCCCUGUGGGCUAGCGGAAAGGAAGAUAUGUAACAUUUACUACAGUGGCGUCUUCAGAUCCAUCGAGGCCUCUGUCUUGAUGGGUUUCAGUUGCUGGUCUGGCAUCAUCUACCUCUGUCGAUUUUUUUUUUUUAAGCAAAAUACAGGGCCAUAGCCAACAAAGGGAAGAAGCCAUUUAUCUCGGCGGCCACUGGGUGGCAGACAGAAUUCGCGGUAGGCGCUUCCAUAAGGGCAUCUUUCCCAGCGGUAGAGCGGUUCCACCCACAUCUGAGAUUGUGCUGCUACACUUUAGUCCACACGAAGCUUAUGUGAGUAAGAGAUUUCACGUACAGUUUAUUUUCCUCUUUUUUUAAGGAAGUUUGAAAUAUUCCUUUAUAGGCUUUAUUUUUAAAUGGAAAUCUGUCUGCAUCCAUAAGGACUUAAGAUUUAAUUCUGCGUUUCAGUGCAGUUUCUUCUGUACCCUACGCCUGAGUAAAGGAUUCUGAAAGGCGUCCCAUGAAAAAGUCGUAAAGCUUAAGACAAAGUCUGACUGGAAAGUGACGGGGAUUCCACCCCGGGGCUGACAAGCUGACGCUUUGGUUUCGGGGUGACUCCCUCCUCUUCCGUGCCUCAGGCCCCAAAAGUAUUUCCUAUCAUAAAAUCCUGUUCUCAAAGAAGGAACUGACAUCAGUCAUUUAAUUUAUAGUGUAAUUUAAAUCAUUUUGUUAUUUAUCCUAUAAGUAUUUGCACUUUAUCUUGGUCCCCUAUGAAAGGAAUUGCAAAUAUUACCCUCACCCUAAAAACUACACCAAAUGGUUAAGGGCAACCUUGACCUUCAUGUAAAACCCCCAGAAGAACACCAAAUAAAACUAUGGCCUUGAGGAGCAUUAACUUAAAGCUUAUGUGGACUGAAGGCUGUGCAACCCAUAAUAAUCAUUUGAUUUCUUCCACUCAUUGAGGGGUGAGGACGAAGGUAACAUUUGGGAAUUCUUGGAUUUGGCAAUAGCGCGGUGAAUGGGGUCUCCUGUUGAUAAAUGUUAUUGUUUACCAUUUCAUAUCAGUCCUGAUUUCUUAAUCAAAAAACCUAACACAUUCAUUUCACACAUAAAUGUUAGGAUCAUAUAUACCCAUUCUAUUAUAUAUUUUUAAAUUUCAUCUGCUCCCAAUUAGCUUUGCAAAUUAAAGUGUAUCCACUCUAUAUCCUUUUUCCUGUAUGUUUGCCAAGUUUUUGAGCAAGGGGAGUGAUUGAUGGUAGUAAAUUAUACAUAUUUUCCUUUCUUAUAAUUUAUCUUUUUAUUCUUUGAUAGUUUAUUUGUUUUGGAGAGGAAGGGCCUAUAAUCAUGGGUUAUGUGCAAGCAGAUUUUGAAAAACCAACUAUUUAAAUGGUUACAGAUGAGACCCGUGGCAAUAUAACUGGGUUUUCAUUCAUCCCAUCCUCUCCCACCUUGUAUAGAUAGGUCAUUGCUGGAGUUACAAUAUUUAUAUUUAAAAUAUUUCAUUUGAACUGUGAAAAGUGGUUCAUAUAGUACACUUUGUGGAACAAUUUUAUAUCAUUGCCCCUUAUGAAAAGUUCUAUCUCUGGGUAUUUAAUGGUAACACCCAGGGAAAGGCUAGAACACUGUGGGUUGAGAACAAGACGUUAUUAAUGUAAAACCUCUGGGCUGGUUCCUCACCCCAUGCAAGGCAUGAGGAGCCUCUCCAAGUGCAGAGCAGAUCUGUUUCUUGAUUCUUUAUUGGCCCAGGCCGAAAAAUAAAGCUGCAUGAGAAACUAGUUUGUGGAGCAAGUUACAUCACUGAGCUCUCAAGUCACCAAUGUACGACCUAACGUAGACUUUCUCCCUGCAGCACCACCAGUAAAAUUAACUUCUCGUUUUUAAUAAGUUAUUUUGGCCACGACUUCCAAAGCCUACAUGAGGGUGAUCGUGACAUCUUUUAGUCUGGUACAAAUACAUAUUUUCAUACAAUUGAGAAGCCGAUAGCAUAUUGUUAAUUGCAAGAGAAAAAAAGUGAUGUAUUAUGGGUUACUGAUCAUACGUGGGCAGAUAGACAUAAUUUCUUGAUGCUCACCCAUAGCUGCGUCUCCCGUUGAGAUCCUAGAAGUCUUGUGAAGUAGAGGACCUAAGGCUGGAAUGAAAUAAAAAUUCAUCCGUUGUUACAUUUUAUCAUGGACGAAGGAGGAACGAUGCUGAAAUGAGAGAAUUUUUCAUCCAUCAGAGUUUGCUAAAAUACGGUGUGCAAAAACUUGGCAGCGGCUUUCUGGAGGUGAACCUGGAGAUGUGUUAGAUCUAGGUAAAUCAUUCGAAAUGACAGUUUACUGUAUGUUCUACAUGGGUUAUCUGAAGUCUCAGAGCAAAUAUCUGGGCUACCCAGGUUCCCGGGAGCACUGCUGUUACAUCUCCUGCUUCAACAGUUAGGUCAAUAAACCAAGACCAACAUGAAUUUGGAAUUUCAGAAUUUCUCAAAUGACAGAUUGGUAGGGAUCAUGGAACCUAAGGGUUGGUGAAAGAUUUUCAUCCUGGAACAUCCUGCACAAAUAACUGAAAGACAUGAAAAGAUCCGGAAUCAAAGUCAUGUCUGUAAUCUUCCACAAGGAAGUGAAAUGCACUCUUUGACCCCGCUGUUGAAGCAGUUGUUCCUGGAAAAUGUGGCGAUUUCUCCAUGUUUUCCAGCUGAAAAAACUUACUUCGUUUUUUUUAUUACGUUUUAAGUUUACAUUCAGUCACAGUCCCAAGUCUUAGGAUCCAACCCUGUACCUCCUUGUAUUUUUCUCAAAGAAAAGGGCUUGUUAUUUUUGUAAGACCAGAGUCCUGUGAUUAAAUAAAAAUACAGGUUCGGCGUAUCCAAGAAAUAACAUGUGACCCAGCAGAAUAAUAAAACUCAAGCUCUUUUUCUCUGAAAGGGCCAGAGACCUGGUGUGAAAGUGUCCAGGUAGCCAGACUGUCAUGUAGUCUGUCCGUUUUCAGUUAGGCCCUUGGUGCCAAGUUAUCAUCCCUAAUGCACUAACUAGUUGCUUUUAGUGGCGCUGGUAGCGUUUUAGUUUUACUUCCCAUGUUGUAAGAAUGGUUAUGAAUCGAAGGUCAUUGCUGGUGCAGAUGAAUAUAAUUCUAAACAAGGAUCAGAUGGCAGCCGGGUGUUAUGAGCGAGCAGGUAUGACUGAGGCAAUAAGGAUGUGAGGAUGUGCUGGAUGGUACUGUAAUCUAAGGCAGAGCAGCAGUUAUAGGAAGUGCAUUGUACAAACAGGUGUGUAAAUAGAGGUUUGCCUGGAAAUAUGUAAAUUUUGAUAGGUUCAUUUUUUUUUUUUUUGGCUGGUUCUCCUGGCCAAAUAUCUUCAGAAUUCAUCCGAGUGACUAAGUAAAAAAUCAUUUCAUUUAAUUACUAUUUUCCCCGAGUUACAAAGAAAUGAAUUUAUGUAAUCUACUCUGAUGAUGCUUCUGAAUUCUCCUCCGAACGAGUCUUCUCUGAAGGAGCUACGACCCCAUCUACCCCAGUAACUGAUGGACAGUCUCUCUAGCACAUGGCGGCAUUCAAACGACUGAUUUUUCAGUAUUUCUUCUCUUACUUCAAAAACAACAGCUAGGUUCCUGAACACUCCUCCAUGGUAAUUAUGAGAACUAAAGAUUCUCAAAUAUUCACGAUGUACCCUCCAGCACAUUCCGAGGGUAAAGACCAUUUAAAUGUCCCUCUCGGGGUAUUUGAAAUAAAAUCCCUGUCUUGAAUACUCCUUAAAAAUCUCCGUAUUUAUUCAGCAAAUUUUGGCUAGUUCUUUGGUUGCUUUAAACAUUCUUGCACUACGGAAGCAACAACAAACUAAAAGAAAUGUCGUGUUUGUAACCUCCUCACCAUCAAUAAAGCUGUAUUCAGGAAGGACUUAGGGAUCGAA